CCCGGCUUUUAAAAGUCCACCCCCGUGCCCAGGAAUGGGGUGUGUGUUGGUGUGAGCAGGAGCACAACAGUCGGCGGCGCGCAGCCUGCGGGCUCCUCGAGGGGGGCGUGUGUGCGCCGAGUUCCCCAUGAAUAAGAACCGGAUUAUUCGCCCGUAGUGGCAGAGGCGUGUACACACGCUCUCGCUCGCGUACACACCCUGCGGCACACGCCACCCAGUGCCACCGGGCCGGGGAGAAAGGAAGUGAAGGAGCCGCCUGAACGGACUGGCCGCGGGAACAAAUACUCCCCCCGCCCCGGCGCUCGCCCUUCCCUCCCCCGCCGGGCUCCCGCCCCGCCCGCCCGCUCCGAAGACCGGGAGGCCGCGGCCGCGGGAGGACUGGGCUCCUCUCCGCAGGGUGGGGCCCGGCCGAGCUGGGGGCCCCUUCGGAGCGGGGAGGGGGCUCGAGGCGGGCCGCGAGCGGUUGGUUAAUGAUUUAAUCACCCGCUUGGGGCGGUUGGGCCCUGAAUCGGCCGCCUCUGGCCCCGAUCCCUCCCCGGAGCGCCCUCCGACGGGAGUGCAAAACUGCCCCCUGCCUCGGCCCUUUGAACUCUCCCUCGUCACUCCUACCAGCUCCUGGACGUCCGAUCGGCCCCCAGCCCUGUCUGCAUCCGCUGGAGGGCCCAUCCCUCCCAACCCACCCCCAAGAUGCCCAUCCUCAAGCAACUAGUGUCCAGCUCGGUGCACUCCAAACGCCGUUCCCGCGUGGACCUCACGGCUGAAAUGAUCAGCGCCCCGCUGGGCGAUUUCCGCCACACCAUGCACGUGGGCCGGGCCGGAGACGCCUUCGGGGACACCUCCUUCCUCAACAGCAAGGUCGGCGAGCUGGACGGCGAGUCCCUGGACGAGCGGGCCUCCACCUCGACUUCCAAACGCAGCCUCCUGUCCCGGAAGUUCCGGGGCAGCAAGCGGUCACAGUCGGUGACGAGGAGUGACCGGGAGCAGAGGGACAUGCUGGGCUCCCUGCGGGACUCGGCCCUCUUUGUCAAGAACGCCAUGUCCCUGCCCCAGCUCAAUGAGAAGGAGGCGGCGGAGAAGAGCCCCAGCAAGCUGCCCAAGAGCCUGUCGUCUAGCCCCGUGAAGAAGGCCAGCAGCGGGGAGGGCGCCGAGGAUGAGGGGGGCGGAGGAGAGGCAGUGGCCCGCCGGAAUGGGGCAGGGGCUCCCUACUCCCCCGACCCGCUCCUCGACGAGCAGGCUUUUGGGGACCUGACGGAUCUGCCCGUCGUGCCCAAAGCCAGCCACGGGCUGAAGCACGCCGAGUCCGUGAUGUCCUUCCACAUUGACCUGGGGCCCUCCAUGCUGGGCGACGUCCUCAGCAUCAUGGACAAGGAUGAGUGGGGACCGGACGAAGAGGAGGUGGGCAGUUGCCAUGGCGAUGAGGACACCAGCCGGCCUGCCUGGGCGCCUCUUCCUGCCACAGUGGCCCCUCUCCGGGCCGGGCAGGAAGGCAAGGCCGGCCCUGGCGUGGCCCCGCUACCCUCCCACACGCUGGAGGACGAGGGGUGGGCGGCGGCGGCCCCCAGCCCCGGCUCAGCCCGCAGCCUGGGCAGCCACACCACGCGGGACAGCAGCUCCCUCUCCAGCUACACCUCGGGCGUCCUGGAGGAGCGCAGCCCUGCCUUCCGGGGUCCAGAGAGGGCCGUGUCCGCUGUCACGCGGCAGCCCGACAAGGAGUUCUCCUUCAUGGACGAGGAGGAAGAAGAUGAGAUCCGGGUGUGAGGCGGCAGGAGGCGGUGGCUCCGAGGUCCUGGCUUGUUCUGCUCCCUGCCCCAACCCUUUCCAGGACUUUCCUCCUUGCUGGGCCAUGGCAGCCACAAACCCCGGACCUCAGGAAGAGGGGACGCUGGCCGUGGAGGACUCUGGGAGCUGGCGUGGGGGGCGAUUUGUUGCGUGACUUCACUGCCUGCCUCACCCUCCCUGGCUGAGUAGGACCUGGGCCGUGCACACGGCCGGACUCAGCUUCCCUCUCUCAGCCCCCCUUUCCUUCCCGCUGCCCUCCAGUUGAUGCCGGAUGUCACGCUGCAUCCCUGCCAGGUGUCGCAAUAGCGGCCAGCCCGGACAUGGCCUUGGUGCCAGGGCUAAAGGCUCUCAGCAGCCUUCUCUCCUGGAGCCUCUGCUGUGCCUGGUGGCAGCCACACCAAGCCAGGAUCUGUGCCAUGGAAGAAAGGAGCCUGUGUCCCAGCUGCUCGUCCUGGACCCCCAGCUCCUGCCCCGGAACCCUGGAGCCCCUUGGAGAUAAGCGGGGCCGGGCGGCCCACCACAGAUGAACACACUAAGCGCAGCCCCUCCCGGGGGCUGGGACCAGGACCAUGCAAUGGAAAGAGCCCCCCCCCCCCUCGGCUUCUCCAAUUUGGGACAAGGAGCCCUUCCAGAGGGACGCUCGGGAAAUGGCUGGGCGCUGGCUCGGUCCCCAUGGGUGUGUUUGUUCCUUAUUGUUAUUGUUAAAUCCCUAUAGAGCAAGAUCAGGAACAGUGUUUAAUAGGUCUGCCACCAGCAGGAAGAGCAAAUCCCUUUAGAAAACCCUUAGGCCAAGUAUCCUCCUCUUGGAAAUUCCCGGUGGAUAUUAGCAGGGAGGGCCUGUGGCAGGGACUCCGACGCCACUUCAUUUAGUGCUCCCAGGCUUUAUUUAGAACUGUGUGGUGUCGGUGUCUGUGCACGUUGCCCCGUACCUGUUAACAGUGAAGGCCAGUGUAGAGAAUGUUCCGGAAAAUGAUUUUAAAAAUAAUAAUAAUAUAUCAUUCCCGAGAACGGGGGGCGCUCCCUUUUGACUGGAUUGUUCCGUACCCAUCCCCUUGCCCCCAACCCCAUAUUGAGUACUGCCCCCCUCCUUUCCCAGGCCUGGACCCCCUCCCCCACUUCUGAGACAGGGCCCUCGAGGGUAGGGUUGCCAGAUUUAGCAACGCAACAAAGCAAAGCAAAACAGGGUGCUGAGUUAAAUCUGAACUUCAGAUAAAUAGUUUUUUAGUAUAAGUAUGUCCCAAAUACCGCAUGGGACAUGCUUAUUAUGCUAGACAAUUAUUUGUUGUUUAACCUGAAAUUCAAAUCUGACUCAGCAACCUGCAGCCCUACCUGUGGGGAUUGAGUGAAAGCUUGGAUUUGAGCCCCAGGGUUGACUGACGAUUGUUUUUCUGAUUGUUUUUCUGACCCGAGGGCAGGCUGACCCACCCCCUGGCGUCUGCAUGUGGCUGAUGGGGUGGGGGGCGGGGGCAGCAGACAGAACUGAAGGAAACAGGGAUUCCCGCCGUGGGAUGGUGGGUAUAGCUGCUCCAGCCUCCCAUUUUUUGCCAGAAUCCGACUUAAGAGACACUAACUUAGUUCCUGAUCCAAGUGUCUGCUUGGCGCUCCCCUUUCCACAGCAGCUCAGCCCCCAAGGCGGGAAGGACUUGUAAGGGGCUUGGCAGCUCUGCCCAGCUGACCUUGAAACCACCCAGACAAUGGUCAGUUGCAGGUUCUAAGCUGUAUUUUUUUUUUUUUUUCAUGAUAUUGUUAACACAGAGAGGACACAUUAAA